AUGCCCUUCGCCGUGGAGCACCUGUACCUGCACGCAGCGAUAAUCAAGAAGGAUGUGGAAGAGAUGGAAAGCAUAGUCCAGGCAGUCACCCAGGCAACCAAGGACUUCGUGUCAGCGCUCCCCAGGGAAGGCAGGCCGAGCGAGGCGAGGUUGAUCGACAAGAUCGGCAAGCUGCGCGUGUUCCCGUACUCGUUCGCCUCGUUGCACGAGCCCCACCAGCUGAACCGUCUGUACGCACACGUGCCGGACCAAAGGGACGUCGACUUCGUGUACAACUUCCUGCGCCUCUCCCGGAUAACGGCCCAAUACAUGGUGCGCCUGCUGCUCAACUCGUCCGCGGAUGUCACCGAGCCGUUCGUGCCUCCAUUCGAGGCGGGCGUGCCGUACAUGGCCAGCGUCUUCAACAUGGUGCACUUGAGCCCGGCCGUCGUGCUGCCGCCGGCGUUCACCUCCGGCCAGUCACUGUCGCUCAACUACGCCGGUCUGGGAUACAACGUUGCCGAGCAGGUUGGCCAGCUGUUCCUGCGCAGUCCCAGCAUCCUCAAUGAGACCGGCGGCUACGAGCGAGUUUGGUCCGAUCGCUUCUUCAACUCGCUGCGAAGGAAGUACCAGUGCCUGAGAAACAUGUUUCGGGAAGGUGAAUGGAACGCCACUGAAAUACCCAGAGACGUCUUGCGGGCAUCUGUAACAGCUGAGAUUGCCUUCAAGGCUUUCAUGGAGGUGCGGCGCUCUCCGGCACACGCGGCUCGCUUCCGGCAGGAGAGGGACCACUUCGGCAUGGCGCCCGAGCAGCUCUUCUUCGUGGGCAUCUGCAUGAACUGGCGUCAACGAAGGCACGAGCCGCGUGGCCUCGCCGAGCUCGUGUGUCGCUUCUCCAUGCGCUCGCUGCACGGCUUCAACGAAGUCUUCAGCUGCCCCAAGACGACGGCGCUCGCUGCCCUCGAGAAAUGCCCGAUCUGAGUUUAUCCUUCGGCGUUUCCCUGCCAGGCAGAAAGAAAGAAUUCAAACGGCGGCAUUUGAAAGAAAAGAAAAUGGCAAGGUCGUCCCCCCAGUGAAGUUGCGCUCUUGUUGCGGUCUAAAGCUGCGUGUGCGCUUUCUGUCGCGAUAAUGUUGUGCAGCGCAGUCUUGAAGCAAAAGUCAGUUUUUAGCUACGAUCGAAUCCGCUAAAUUGAGCGCAUCUCAUCAACGAUAAUGCGACUGGCCGACGCCAGCUAAGCGACCGAGGUCCUCGGUGCUCGCUUCCGUGGCGUCAUACUAGGGCACCGACAACCCUCACGUGUGAGGGCGUUUUUGUUGAGGG